CACCCUUCUGGCAUUGCUCUGCCUUUCAAACCUCUGUGUAAUGAUAUUGUUUGCAGUGAUGCUCGGAGAGCAGGCACCUGCUGCUCGGGCAUGAUUCAGCCUCUUUCAGCCGUCGCUCUCACACCACAGGAUGCUGUUGCUACUGUCACUGUCCGCUCUGCCGCCGCCGUUGCUGCUGGUCCCGGUUUUGCUUUCGCGCUUGCUGCCUGCCGGGUGUUUCCUUGUUCCGAGCAGCCCCCAGCCUCCGACGCUCAAGGUGAGGAGCCAGCCUUUUGCCCUGGGCUGCUGGCUCACUUAAGCCGCCGGUGUGUUCUUUGUCUGGCGGGAUUCCCCCUGCGCUGCGCCGCCGCCGCCCUCGGAGGAGCUGGCAUGGCUUGAGAGGCACGGAAGGAAUUGGAAAAGUGGCCAGGGAAGGGGAGUGAAAUAGUUACUAAGCAGCUCUUCGUGCUAGUUUAAUAGGACAGAGGGGUUUCUUUUUUUAAUCCUCUCCCAGGCCAGAGGAGGUUCUCCAACUUGGACACUCGACCGACUCCCACAGUGUGAUUUCUUUCCGGAGUUGGGGGAUUUGAUUUUUUUUUUCUUGUCAUAACCGACCGGCCUUUUGGGCGUGAGCCGGUUCUGAUUUUUAUGCCUGAAUAUGUCUGAAGGAGCUGCCGAGACUUUCCCCCACUCCUCCGCUCCGCUGAGCCCGGCGGCGUCUCUCGACGGGCUCCCCACGGAGGACGGCAUGCCAGGGAUGCACCCAGAGGACAGGCGGGUCCAGGGAAUGGCAGGCCUCGCCGCUACUUGCUGCGUGUGCUUGGAGGCAGAGCGAUGGAGAGGCUGCCUCAACUCUGAAAAAAUCUGCAUCCUCCCCAUCCUGGCCUGCCUGCUCAGCCUCUGCCUCUGCAUUGCUGGUCUCAAGUGGGUGUUUGUAGAUAAAAUUUUCGAGUAUGACUCUCCUACCCACCUUGACCCGGGGAGAAUCGGGCAAGACCCCGUGAUCUCUGUGGAGCCUACUGCUCUGUCUGCUUGGGUGCCUUCGGCCGCGCGUACCUCGCCGUUCCCGGUGCCGAGCCCCGAAGCCAAGCUUGAAGUGACAGUGCAAGCUGAUAGUUCGCUAGUGCCCUCCGAGCCUUUCCUCUUCCCUUCCCCCCAUAACCGGGUCUUAGAUUUUCCAUUGUUGUCCUCUGCCGCACCCUCCUUCCCUCCACCCACUCUGGAGCCUGAGAUGAGAGAGGCUACCACCGCGCCUCCGGCACAAACCGUCGAAACCAACCUCCAAACCGCUCCAAAACUUUCCACUUCUACAUCUACUACUGGGACAAGUCACCUCACAAAAUGUGACAUCAAGCAGAAAGCCUUCUGUGUCAAUGGGGGAGAGUGUUACAUGGUCAAAGACCUUCCAAACCCCCCCAGAUAUUUGUGCAGGUGCCCAAAUGAAUUUACUGGUGAUCGCUGCCAAAACUACGUAAUGGCCAGCUUCUACAAGCAUCUUGGGAUUGAAUUUAUGGAAGCAGAGGAACUGUACCAGAAAAGGGUCUUGACCAUAACUGGCAUCUGCAUUGCCCUCCUAGUAGUUGGCAUCAUGUGUGUUGUGGCCUACUGCAAAACCAAGAAGCAACGGAAAAAGUUGCAUGAUCGUCUUAGGCAGAGCCUUCGCUCUGAACGGCACAACAUGGUGAACGUGGCUAACGGGCCCCACCAUCCCAAUCCGCCACCCGAAAACGUCCAGCUGGUAAACCAGCACGUGUCUAAAAACGUCAUUGCCAGCGAGCACGUCAUUGAGAGGGAGACGGAGACGUCGUUUUCCACGAGUCGCUACACCUCGACGACGCAUCACUCCACCACUGUCACCCAGACGCCUAGCCACAGCUGGAGUAACGGUCGGACCGAAAGCAUUCUCUCCGAAAGCCACUCCGUGCUCAUGAGUUCUUCGGUGGAGAACAGCAGGCACACAAGCCCAGCCGGACCCAGAGGACGCCUCAGCGGCAUAGGAGGGCCUCGAGAGUACAACAGCUUCCUGAGGCACGCGAGAGAGACGCCCGACUCCUACCGAGAUUCUCCUCACAGCGAAAGGUAUGUAUCAGCUAUGACCACACCGGCUCGCAUGUCGCCUGUUGAUUUCCACACUCCAAGUUCUCCAAAGUCCCCCCCUUCCGAAAUGUCUCCACCAGUGUCCAGCUUAACAGUCUCUGUCCCAUCUGUGGCGGUCAGUCCCUUUAUGGAAGAAGAGAGGCCUCUGCUUUUGGUGACCCCUCCUCGGUUACGGGAGAAAUAUGACUCCCACCUUCAGCAGUUCAACUCCUUCCACCACAACCCCGCCCACGAAAGCAACAGUCCACCACCUAGUCCGCUGAGGAUAGUGGAGGACGAGGAAUACGAGACCACACAGGAGUACGAGCCAGCGCAGGAACCUCCAAAGAAACUAGUCAACAGCCGGAGGGCCAAAAGAACAAAGCCCAAUGGCCACAUUUCCAACAGGUUAGAAGCGGACACCGACACAAGCUCUGAGAGCAGUAGCUCUGAGAGUGAGACGGAAGAUGAGAGAAUAGGUGAGGAUACACCGUUCCUGAGCAUACAGAAUCCCGUGGCCACCAGCCUAGAGCCAGCCCCUGCAUACCGACUGGCGGACAGCAGGACUAACCCAACUAGCCGGUUCUCCACGCAGGAAGAAUUACAAGCAAGGUUGUCCAGUGUAAUAGCUAAUCAAGACCCGAUUGCUGUAUAAACCAUAAACCAAACGCAUAGAUUCACAUGUAAAACUUUAUUUUAUAUAAUGAAGUAUUCCACCUUUAAAUUAAACAAUUUAUUUUAUUUUAGCAAAUUCCACUAAUAGAAAACAGGAGGGGGGGAAAACUUUUAUAAAUUAAAUAUAUGUAUGUACAAAUGUGUUAUGUGCCAUAUGUAGCAAUUUUUUACAGUAUUUCAAAAAUGAGAAAGAUAUCAAUGGUGCCUUUCUGUUACGUUAUGUUGAGAGCAAGUUUUGUACUGUCACAGUAAUUGCUGUUCCACGGUAUUUUGCAGAACCUUCCGACCUUCAGUUUUCCUGGCUCUUUUUUUUUUUUUUUCGGUUUUUUUUUUUUUUUUUUUUUUUUUUUUUUUUGUGCAUUGCAUUAUGGUAACUGGCUGUAUGAUUUGCAAGAAUUGCAAAAGUCCCGAUGUUUGCUUCUAGAACACCCCCCUCCCAAACAAAAUACCCUCUACUGGCAUACCCACCGACAAAACAAUACUGUUUUCUUCGAGAAGAGGUUUUAUUUGCUUUCUGUAUCCGAAACUAAUUUUGUCUGCUCUCGGCCAGCCAAAAGGUUUGCUUCAUUGGGCACAUCCAAGAGCAUGCUACUAUUAAUGACAGCAGGAUAACAAAAACUGCAUUAAAUAAUGUUACAUAUUAGAAAGAGAAUAAUGCUGUGAUUUUAAACUGACUAUAUUAUUAAUCAGGAAUCAGCUUGCACUCACUAGGAACUGUCAUUACAUUUUUUUCCAGAUAUUAAUUGUCCUAGUUAUCCCUUAGAAAAUGGGUUCAGAGUGCCAGAGGCUGCGAACCCCCAUACUUUACAAAAGAACAAGAUUUCUGUUACUGAGGAAAAUAUACCAGGUCUCUGUAACCAGACAAGGAAAAGAACUAGCUGGAAAAAAAUGCCACUAAUAAAAGUGCAGCCAUUUUUACCUGGA